AUGGACUUUACUGGAUAUCAUUACUAUAGAAUAAAUCGAAUCCUUUUAAUAUCUCUCGGUCUAUGGCCAUAUCAUACACAACGCUUCUCGUCGUUUAUCACUAUGGAAUAUAAUACAGAUCUUCUUUUACAUGUUUUAUCACUCCUCUGUUUUACAAUGUAUUAUGCAAUUAAAUAUAUUAGUGGCUUUAUUAAUAGCAAUAAAAUGAAAGAACUUAUAGAACAAAUACAAUAUGAUUGGAAUUCGCUAAAAGAGGAAGAAGAACUUAAAAUUAUACGUAAUCGUGCUAAUAUUGCAAGAUCUCUUACAAUUUUAUUAUUAACAAUAACAAGCAUAGUAAUAUUUCUUUUUAUGUUAAUGUUUUUUUCACCAAAUAUUCUCGAUAUCGUAAUACCGUUGAACGAAUCACGACAACCAUGGCAGCUUCCACCCGCGAUGAAAUUUUUCUUCGAUCAGCAUAAAUAUGUUUAUUUAUUAACAAUAUAUUUUUUGCUGACACUAAUAAUCGGUACUUUUACAGUGAUAGGCAUAGAAACAUUUAUGAUAAUAUUUGUGCAACAUAUAUGUGCAAUGUUUCAAAUCACUAGGUAAUGAUUUCCUGAUUAUUAAUGGGAAAAUAUUGUUUCGAGAUAUGACAUAAUUAAAUUUUUUUAGUUAUCGAAUUGAACGUAUUGUAAACAAAAGCCAGAUGAAAUCGUUAAUCUCUUCAGAAAAACUCAAUAGUGAUAAAAGCAUCGUGGAGGCUAUCGAUAGUCAUCUAAAAGCUACCAAG